GGAAGUAUAACAUCUGCAGCGGGAGUUCAAACUGGAGGAAACUCAGGACCCCUAAACAACUUUGGAUCCAUAACUAAGCACUUUUCUGGAAAAGGAGGGUCAUUGAAGGCAGCACAAGAGUCAGAACCUGCUUACUCAGAGGUGUGACAGGAAAUGGCUUCCAAACACCAGAGCAUGAAGCUGAAUGAUGGCCACUCCAUCCCCGCACUGGGAUAUGGCACCUAUAAAUCUGAAGAGGUUCCUAAGAGUAAAUCAGUAGAGGCCACAGCGUUUGCUAUUAAGGCUGGCUUCCGCCACAUUGAUACUGCUUUCUCAUAUGAAGUAGAAGAGGAGGUAGGACAGGCCAUUAGAAGCAAGAUUGCAGAUGGCACCGUGAAGAGGGAAGACGUAUUCCUCACUACCAAGCUUUGGUGUACUUGCUUUCGACCGGAGCUGGUCCGGCCUUACUUGGAGAAAUCACUGAAAAAACUUCAAAUGGAUUAUGUGGACCUCUAUCUUUUACAUUACCCAGUGCCAAUGAAGCCAAGCGAAGAGCUCUUUCCAGUAGAUGAACAUGGAAAAUCUUCACUGGACACAGUGGAUUUCUGCGAGACAUGGGAGGUCAUGGAGAAGUGUAAGGAUGCAGGGCUGGUCAAGUCCAUCGGGGUGUCCAACUUUAAUCACAGACAGCUGGAGAGAAUCUUGAAUAAGCCUGGACUCAAGCAUAAGCCUGUGUGUAACCAGGUUGAAUGUCAUCCUUAUCUGAACCAGAGCAAAUUGCUGGAGUACUGCAAGUCCAAAGACAUUAUUCUGGUUGCCUAUGGUGCUCUGGGAACUCAACGAUACAAAUGGGUGGAUCCAAGCUCUCCAGUUCUCUUGGAUGAUCCAGUUCUUGGUGCCAUGGCUAAAAAGCACAAGCGAAGUCCUGCCUUGAUUGCCCUUCGCUACCAGCUCCAGCGUGGGGUCCUGCCCUUGGCCCAGAGUUUUAAAGAGAAUGAGAUAACAGAGAACUUGCAGGUUUUUGAAUUCCAGUUGUCUGCUGAGGACAUGAAAGUCUUAGAUGGCAUGAACAGAAAUUUCAGAUACCUUCCAGCAGAGUUUUUGGCUGGCCACCCUGAAUAUCCCUUUUCUGAUGAAUAUUAACAUGGAGUCCUCUGUCAUGACUUCUACCUGAAGUCCCUGGAGUGGAUAGACAUGUGGGAGAGACCUCGGAUAUUUGACUUCAAGUCAAUUAAUGCAUCAUAGCCACUUGCGUUGAACUGGAGCUCCAGGCAUCUGUCUUGAAGAAAAGACAUUUAUUUUCAUGACGCUUUGGAAUAAAUAUGACAUUGUUUUUCUACUUUAA